UACACUGUUUAGUUCAGUCAAAAUGCACGUUAAUGUUAUUUUGAUUUAUAACGUUGUUCUAAACUUUAGUGUGAAUGCAGAUGGCUGCUCAGGAUGUUUCCAUAUAUGGCAGUGGGCGUGUCUUUGUGUUUCUGUGUUAUAAAUGUGUCAGCGUGAUCCUCAGACCGACUCCAAAGCUGACUGUCCAUCUUUCCACCGCAGCAGCAGCAGCAGCAGCAGCAGAAGAUCUUCAGGACAGAUGUGUGUGUCGAGGUGUCUGCAGUGUGUCGGCGUCGCUCUGCUUCCCAUGGCCGUCGUCUGCAUGCUGUCCAAUAUCCUGCUGCUGCUUCCAGAACUGAAGAUCCAGUUCCUGUUGGAGGGUCAUGUGACCAGAGAGGCCACGUGGGCCACAGGUCUGUGGGGAUCCGGCUUCCUGGCUUUGCUUAGUGCUCGAGCUUUUGUGCAAAGCAGCAAAACCAGAGGCUGCUGUGCUUUCAGGAGUAAGAUGUUGUGUCAGGUGUUGUACUCGUUUGUGUGUCUGCUGGCUGCUGGGAUCUGCUGUCUGGUCAGUGCCACCGGUCUCUCUCAGGGUCCUCUCUGUCUCUACAACACCACCUCCGGUCCAACGUGGGGCGUCCCGCUAAAACCUGUCCCAGACUGUCAUGCAGGGUAUCUGUACAACAGGACUUUGUGGUCUGGAGUGUGUCUGGAGCCCAGAGGGGUGGUUCAGUGGAAUGUAGUUCUGUUCAUUGUGAUGGGGGGCGCCAGUGGGCUGCAGACUCUCCUCUGUGGAGCCAACAUCAUCAACUCACUGCUGGGGUUGGUCCUCGGACCGGGCUUCUGCCAGAACAAGGUCAGUCCAGUUUCAGUUUGACAGGCCCUCUUGGAUCCUGACUGAAGACGCCAGCUGAGUCCUCACAGUGUAACGUUAUAAAAAUGUUUAUUCUGGUUUCCUGAUCAUCUUCAGGCCAAAGGUUUAAAAACGCACUGACGCACUUUCUAUAAAAACAACUUUUAGAUAAAUAAUUUAAAAAUACUACGUUUGCACAAUAAAUGAAUCUUGUUCAGAUAUUAAUUAUUGUUAUAUUUCAAACUACCGUUAAAGUUAAAAAAACAAUAAUAAUAAACAAAACAAUGACUGUCAGAUCUUAAUAUUUAGUUUAUAAAGUCAUGAAGUAAUCAAUUAAUGAAUCAAUAAUAUAAUGUGAAAUUUGAUUAACACAUUUAAUUAUCAUUACAUAAUUCAAUGAACUAAAAGUAUUUAUUAUUAUUUAAUUGUUAGUUAGUUUAUUUUAUCUAUUUAUCUGAAUAAAUAGAAAUUAUGACAUCUGUUCACUGAUUCUGUAACUGAUGAAAGAUUUACUCAGCAACACUCAGAAAACAGCAAACCUCACAGCACAUUCAGUCUGUACGUUUAUUUAUUCAUGUUUUUCUACAGUAAUUAAAAGACAGUCGUACUGUGACUUGCUCUGUGUUUUACCUGACUGUCCCUUUGUUGUUGUUUUCUGCACGUCGAGGUCGUCUGCACUCAGACCACU